AAAUCACUCUUAAAAGUAGUUUUGCACUGACAACAAAAAACAUUAGCUACCUUUGUAAAUCAUGGUCCAUUUUGGCCAUAAUUUCAACAAGCAAAGCUGUAAUUUCAUAGUUUCACGAUUGAAACCAACCUUCAUUGUUUUAAUUUUUAACGCGACCCCUUCCCGAGUAGCGGCAAUAAAGUGCCCUAAACCGACGAUAAAAGACGGUUCAGUGAUCCCUGAUGUCGAAGAGAUUGAAUUAUACGAAACCUAUACCGUUAUCUGCAAUAAUAACUUCCAAAUGGAGAGGGGAGAAGAUAAGGUAAUUGGAAUAGAUCCAGUGUACACCUGUUCACCAAAAGAUGAUGGGUCUGGAGCCUUGUCUCCAGAAACUCUCCCUACAUGUGUUAAUUAUCCAUGGAGUCAGAGUCAACUAGAUUUUAUAAAACAGAUAACUGCUGACGUUAACAACAAAUAUGCCGUGCAAAGCGAUCAAAUCGGUUGUUGGGAGGGAUCAAACGGUGAUUUUAACGGAGCGAGUGGCUUGACUCAAUGUAAUCCUCGAAGCCCUUCAAUGUAUAUAGAUAUUGGUUGCAACGACAACAACAAAGAACGCACAAUGGUUGGCUAUAACUCGCUUAUGGUAUUUGGUGAUAAAGUGGACGCCACUGAUCCAUUGUGGGGAGAAGAUAUCAUUGAAGAUGAGGUCGAAAAAAUGAAAAUCUACAUGGAAUGUAUUCCAGCUGAAGAAAUAGCGACGGUAUGUCAGAAGGUUGAUGAGCAACCUACCAAGUCAAAUACGAAACUUUACGUCAAAGUGUACAGUGUUGAUAUACCAGACUCAGAACCGAGCCGAGAGAAGCGGCUGAUGAACAUCAAGCAAAGCGAAGAUAUACACUACAGGUUGCGGUGUGAUGAUGGCUACAAUUUCGAGGACGGUAUUGACGAAGAAACAGUUUAUGGUUAUUGCUCAGCAGUAGGAGCUGAAGCCGGGGCCAACGAAUUCUUCGCGUACACUAAAGAUGCACCUGAUACCGCCCUCAACUGCUAUGCUAAGUGUCCAGCAAACCCUAAAAAUGCAGACCUAUUUUCUGUGGGGUCACCAGUCUUCAGUGUGCUGUACAUGCCAUCUUUAAGAAAAGGAGAAAAUUUCAUCGUCCCUAAAAAUACGGUUAAGUGUGCAGAUGGGCACUCAUUAGUAGAGGACGCUCCAGAGAACUUUGAGAUAAGCUGUUUAGGAGCUGACACGACUGCAAAUCCAGAUUCUGGACUGUUAUCUUGCACUGAUUGUCCUGUUUGUUAUGCAAUGUGUAUAGAAAAUCCCGAAAGUGUUGAUAAGUUUGUUGCCGAUACUGACUCAGUAUUCAAAACACUGACAAUGCCUGCUCUUACUAAAGGAAAAUCUCACACUUUAACCAGCGCCAAUGUGAUAUGCGAAGACAACUAUUCUUUAGCUCCAGAUGCCCCGACCAGCUUUGACAUUACCUGUAAUGCUGUGGGAUUACUGUCUUGUGAAACCUGCCCUAAAUGUUAUGUGAAGUGUCCAGCAAACCCGGAUAAUGCCAACAUGUUCGUGGCAGGAGAGGAUCCUGUCUUUAAACAGCUGGAAAUAGAAGAGAUGAUAAAAGGGCAACAAGUUACCUUUAAAGCUGAAAAGGUGAUAUGUGAAGAUGGACACGAUUUAGAGGAGGGUGCCCUAGAAAAAUACACUGUGACUUGUAGCGACCCUGGGGCGGCUGAUCCGAAUAUGGGGCUACUUAGCUGCGGAGAUGCAUGUCCUAAGUGCUACCCUAUGUGUCCUGCGAACCCCGACAGUACUAAGUUUGCGGACGGCGCUGACGGUGUGUUCAAACAACUCACCAUGGAGGCGUUCAAAAAAGGGGCAUCACACGCUCUCACCAAAGAAAAUGUAGUCUGCGAGGAGAAUAUGGGGGUAGCAGAUGAUGCACCAGAUUCUUACGAGAUCGAUUGUGGGAAGUCAAAUGAAGACGGGUUAUUUGAAUGUACUACGUGUCCUAAAUGUGUAGCUCAGUGCAUAGCCCCUCACACUGAAGAUACGUUGGUUAUUCCGGAAGAAAAUGGAGUAAAGUUGGUUCCAAUGGAUGGUAACAUAAAUCUAAACCAAGAACUCGUUGUCGCCGUGGGUGACAUAGAGUGCAAGGAUAACUAUGCCAUGUCAGCUGAUGCUCCGGAAACUUUCUCUUUCGUGUGUAAAGAGAAUGGCAUGUUCAGUUGCGCUGACGGUGCAAAUGGAUGUCCUCGAUGCCUAGGCACCUGUAACUGGCCAGAAGCUGUUGUCAUUGGAGGUGAUGAAGGAUAUGACUUCCAGUAUGUUGAUGAGACGAAGAAUAAAGGUGACGAUAGGGCUGAAAAAGCUAUUCCUGGAGUUAAUCACGUUGAGGCAUACUGUACAAAUACAUCUCUGGUUAUUUUGGGACCAAGAUUUUUAAGCUGUAUUACCAAUAACACGAUGGUUUUCGAUCUCAAAGGUUACCUUGAUGACGCUGUACCAGUCUGUCAACUAGAACCAGUGUGUGAAGCACCGGCUACAGAGGGAGGCUCGUUCCAAAUGACAGGGAAUAUAGCAGUCGGGGAGGUAUACACCUUCACUUGCAAUGAAGGGUAUGUGUUCGAUCUAGACACGAUAAAAGAGCACGGAGAUGAGAUCACAAUAACUUGUGAAAAACCAGCUGAAAAUGACACCCUCGUUAACUCUAAACUGCCAGCACAGUACUGUUACAGUGGUUGUAUGGAGAUAAAGGGUUUUAAUGGUACAAUAACCCCCAUUGCUACGAGAUCAGGAGGUGCUCCGUACAGCGAGGGACAGGAAAUUACUUUCGCCUGUAACGAGGGCUAUGAACUGUCAGAUUCAAGUAAAGGCGUACAGACGUGCGAUAAGGGGAAGAUUGGUGACGGACUAGUGGUUCCAACUUGUAUUAUAAAACCGGAACCAACGGAAGAAUCAAAAGGAGCAGCAGACCGUUUUACUGCAUCUUCUUUCCUGAUAAUCACUCUACUCAGCCUACUUCUCUGGUCUUAAUUCUUCUUAAAUUUCCGUUAUUUGUGAUACGUCCAAGUUAUGCUUGGUUGCCUGAAAUGUCCAAUAUGAUUAAUUUGGGACAAGUAAAAUAAGAAAGUUUCUCAAUUGAUGGACUCUAAUGGUUCAUCAAUGGACUCUAAUGGUCCGUGAGGACACAACCCUCAGUGCAAUGAGACGUUGAGAUGAAAACAAUCACGAUUGUACUGACAGCUUGGUUUGUGGAUGUUUGAUAAUCACUGAUUCGAAUUGUAGAGUUUAAUUUAUGUAGUUAAAUAUUUGAAUUUUGUACUGUAAAAUAUUUGAUGUGAACUUUUGAGUUUGGAGAUUGAAGGCAUUGAAGAAGUUUAAGCUGUUGCUGAUACAAUCUUUUAAUGGUAGAAAUCAAUCUAAAAAUGUUGACCAUUCAUACAAUUAGUUUAUGUGUGAAGAAAUGUCUGAAGAUUACGUAGUUGAUUCAAUAAUGACCCUAUUCCAGUAAUAAUAAAUUUACAUUUUUUCCAAUUGAUCUAAUUAGCUAAACUCUUAUUUAUCAUUAGAUUUGUAUCUACCACUACCAGUUUUCUCCAGCUUUGCUUCAAGAUCU